CUGGUGCACGUUUCUCGCCAUAGACCUGUAGGAACUGGCUGCUGGUGCAGCAGUGUUGAGUCAACGCUGCAUCUGGGAGGCUGAGGCAGCAGCAGCAACAGCAGCAGCAUCUCUAGUGUGAUGUGGCGAGACAGCGAGGGGAUGACAUAGCGACAGCAUCCGCUCACCGUACCGCUGCAUCGGAGCGCAGCUUCCUCUUUAAGUCGGGUUUAACGUGUUUCCGUUAGAUAACACCGAGUGUUUGCGCCGCCUGGUUCUCGCAUCAGUUGCCGUCGGGCUAACCUCGCGAAGAUUUUGAUCAAAGUUGCUGCUAGCUCGUGUUAGCUCGCCGCUACCCUUCAAACAUUCAAGCGGCCACAUAAAACAUGCGGAGCAUCGAGGCCGAGACCCCUGGGAUAUCUUUAAACGCUUCCCGCAGGACACGACCUUCGGCUGGACGCUGACUGGACUCUGCAGAGCCGCUGUAGAGGACAGAGAGCGACAGAUCACAAGGACCAGAUUGUCUGCCGAACUUCUUGCCUCCUAAGACAGAUCGCCAGGGACCAUGCUGACCAUCUUGGCUGCUGGGUCUGUGUUCUUUCCAGGCCUUUUCCUUCUGUCCAAACAAUGCCUGAAGUCACUGAGAUGGAGCGAAGGAGAUGCGGUUAUCGUAUCGGCCAGGUUGGUGUCAUCGGUUCAGGCAGUCAUGGCUUCUUCAGCUGGCUACAUCAUUGCAUCUUCCUGUAAGGACAUAAUUGAAGACCAGCACUGGCUCACAAGCACCUACAUCAUGUUUGCUGUCCCCUACUUCGUCUACGACAUCUACGCCAUGUUCAUGUGCUACUGGUACAAGCUGCGGGUGAAAGGUCACGAGGAGGCCUUGGCGGCCCCCCAACACAUGCGCUCAGCAGUGAGGAGCUACCUGCGUCGCGAGUUCCUCAUGGUGCUGCACCACGUUGUGAUGGUCACCGUCUGCUUCCCCGUGUCUGUGUUUUGGCGACAAGGAAAGGGCGACUAUUUCCAGGGCAUAAUGUUCAUGGCGGAGCUCAGCACUCCAUCUGUCUGCUUAGGAAAAAUCCUCAUCCAGUACAAACAGCAACACACUCUGCUGCACAAAGUGAAUGGGGCUCUUAUGCUGGUCACUUUUUUCAUCUUUCGAGUCCUACUCUUCCCUUACCUCUACUACGUCUAUGGAAGGUACGCGUCGAUCCCCUUCCACAUGGUUCCCCUGACAGUACCCUGGCACUGUAACGUCGGCGCCGCCCUUCUCAUGGCGCCCCAGCUCUACUGGUUCUCCCUCAUCUGCCGGGGGGCUCUGCGAUUAUUCACCGGCUCGUCGCGCUCCCGGCGGCCGCGCGCGCCCUCCGCCGACGACAAGGAGCAUCAGGGGGACGGCAACGCGCUGCCGCAGCCCUCUAACGGCUACAAUGCGCGUUCCACAGAGCCAGAGCUGACCACUCACUGAGAGGAGGAGGCAGGAGGAGAAGCGGCGGCGUGGGGGGGAGGAAAGCGAAUGUACCAAUGAGUAUGUAAACAGAAAGGAGAGUAAAAAGUAAACCUAAAAUCACGCUGAAGUGUUUCAGAGGCAGCAAACGGCUAAAACGAAGCGGUGGCUGACCUUCAAGUACUUCAGCUUGGUAGUUUGUAGGAACCAAAUGGAGCUUUAGGGCACCUUAGUAUUUAAGAUGUCAUCAGGCACUGUGACGGAUAGGAACAUGCACUGACCCGGGAGGAGCCUGCCUGGAUAUUUAGCAAGUGUAGGUGGCCAUUUCCCCUCACGUAGAUCAAAUACAGUCCUCGCUGCCUCGUAUUAUAGGAAGAGCAGGAAAAUAGGAAUGUAUUAUAUUGUAUGUUAGUAUGUUUGCUGUAGGUGAAAGGCCUGAUUCAGUUUAGUAACGAAGAAGACCUUCAAAAAAUAACAAAAAAGGAAAAAAAAAACCCAGCUAAGCAGUAUUUUGACUUGUUAGUGUUUAUCUGUAUCCUCUAUGUAGUCACUGUCACUCUAACAAAAUGUAACCAACCUGCAGACUGACUCAUCUUUAAAGGGAGAUACGUCAUUAUACUGUAUUCUGCUGCCUUACCCCCCACUCUUCCAGGUUCAUUUGCGAUUUUAGUUUAGUCUCUGAGACGGAAUAAAAGCGUUCGUCAGACAGCAAAAUGUGACGGUUGUACAUAGCAAGCAGAUGUAAAAUGGUCUUUUCCGUGUCAGUAUUAUGUGAAGGAGGAAAAGAUUUAAUUUAAUUUAUUUAUUUUUAUUUGGCUGCACGUUAGCACUGCUGUUGUGAGAACAAUGGAAUGGGAACUCUGCUCAGAUGAAGAUUAAAACCAAUAUGUCAAGGCAGUUGUAAGAGCUGGAACAUAUUCAUCUUUAAUUUAACAAAAUGUUUUUAAAAAAUCCUUAUCCCCACAAUAAAAGAAAAUAAACAUAUCAUUUUAAAUCCAAAAUAAAAUCUGCCGUCUUAAAGAAAAUUAUUUAUUUUAAAACAUCUUCACCUUAAAAUAUGAAAGUUUACAAUUAGAAAAAAGUUUUGUUCUGUGUGUUUAAAAAAGAUGUUUUGGUUUUGGAUGAAAUUUGUUCUACAGCCAUGAAAUUUAUUUGCAAAAAAAGGGAAGAAAUCUAUUUCAUUAUAGCAGCGGCGUCCAUUUUUAGGCCUUACAUAUUUUUACUAGAUGGAAAAAAAACAGUAGGUAAAUUUCUCCCAAAAAUAUUAGAAAUUUUGAGAUCAAUUACCUUUCCUUAGUUUUUAGACAAAUGAAGAAAAUUUCUGAGGCCCCAAAGUUAAUAAUUUUCUAGAAUAAAGAAAAAAGCUCCAAAUUUAGAAAAAUUUCUAAGGAGAAUGUCGGAAUUUUCUGAGUUUCUAAAUUCUAAAUGUUUUUUUUUUUUUUUACUUUGAAAACUCAGAACAUUUUUUAAAAUUUGACAAUUUCUGACUAAUUAAUCUAAAAACGUAAUGCAUCUAAUACUUUUAUGUGGCCUGAUUUAAAUGUUUGAAGCUGCAGGGCUGUCUGCCUCCAAGCCACCAGGGGGCCCCAAAGAGUCUUGGAAUAUAGAUAUCAAAACUUUACAUUUGCAGUGUUGUUGACCAAGAAUGAAUAUAUUCUUAAUGACAGCUUUAAAAUAGUUACAGAUAUCACCACUACUAAUUUACUGUUAUUUAAAUGUAGAAAAGCGAUAAAGGAUAAAUGUUAGAGCCAAGCAUGAAAACAUCAUUUAAUUGCUGAAACUCGCGAAGUGAAAUCAGCGCUGGCUGGUGUGUGACGAGCUCAGCUGGAACGGGCCCCCAAAUCAAGUUCAGCUUUGGGCCCCGUUCAGUUUUGAUUGAUGCUUAGCAUUAAUUUAUCUCUUUCAGUAGAAAAACAAUUCUGCUUUUCUUUCUGUUUUAUCCCAAAACCUGAGUAAAAUUCCCCAUUCCGUGUUUAACUACAACAGCCUAAUAUGUUCUCACAUAUUUUAGCACCUGAUUAUUAUUAUUAUUACACAGAUUUAUUGAAUAGUAAUCAUCAAGCAGUUGGUUUUACAGCUUAGUGUGUGCAAAUGUCCCAGAAAGGUUUUAGCUGUGCUUCUUGUUUCCGUGUAGUUUUACUGUCAUUCCAUUCACUGGUGUCACAUUUAAAUCCCAUUUUGCCACAAACAGAUACACACUUCCUGCUUCUUCUUCUUUUUUUGUCUUCAUAAGUUCGGUGCUGCUGUUGAUCUUAAAUUAUCCGUUUUCUUGGCAGGACUAUUUCACAAAGGGAUUCACGAGAUUUCAGUAUUUUAAAAUCUUAGUCAAGAGACUUUAUGUGUGAAGGGAAACAAGAAUGGAGAGUUACCUCACGGGGACUGACACGCAGCACAUCUGUCCUUAUUUUCUUCUGUUUGUUUCGGGGUUUUUUUUUGUUUUUUGUCUUUUCAGACUUGGUGGAACGCCCCCGAUCAUUGAGCCUCUGGUUCCAUGAACCACCUAUGAACAAACUGGCUUCUUUUACCACUUUAUGUUGCUGUAAUGCAGCUACAGCGUCCUGUGAAUUGGUUUAAAGAAAAAAAAAGAAAAACACAAAUCAAAGCGUGAAACGAUGGGGCGUGCCGAAGCAGUGGGACCCCUGUUGGCAUGUCGAACACUGAAUAUUCAUUCCCCCCGUUCCGUGGAUCCAUAAAGGUACCGCUUCUUGACAAUAUUGGAACAUUUCAAACUGCUGUACUGUAUAUUCCACAAAUGCUUGUUAUUUAUUUGUAAGUAUUUAUUUAUUUAUUUAUUUGGUUUGUGAAUUUGAAUGCAUACUUAUGCAUACAUAUACUCUAUGCUUCUGAGCCUUAUGUGAAGGCUGUAUUGUUACUCGAACUUAGCUAAAAUAUACUUCUUUCUGUCCUGA